GCGAGCCCCCGCCAGCGCGCCCGGCUGCGGCGCCGGCCGGUGCCGAGGCCGCACGCGCGGCAGAGGCCGCCGGGCAGAGCGCGGCGGACGCCCAGCCGGGGCCGGAGGAGCGCGAGGAGGUGCAGCGGGGCGCCUCGGACCUGCAGCUCUUCGCGUACCCGAAGAGCAGGCGCUUCCCGUGGGCCACCGCCUCGGUCGCGGCGGCCUCGGGGCUCGCCACCUGCGCGGCGGCGCUGCUCUGGGAGCGCUGGCCGUGCCGCGCCCACUCCCGCGAGGAGGUCGAGGAGCGGGUGCGGCAGCUCGCGCGCGCCGCGGGCGCCUGCUCCGCGUCCCGGGAGGAGGUAGCGCGGGGGGAGCUCCACCGCCUCUUCCUGCCCUCGCUGCUCCGCCUGGGGGAGCAGCCCGCGCGGGCCGCGGUGGACGCCGCGGUGCUCGUGUGCUGCGGGACGCUGUUGGAGCGGCUCCAUGGGCCGUCGUACGUGCUGGCGCUGGCGGUCGGAUCCACGGCGCUCGCCAACUCGUUGGCGCUGGUCGCCCACAGCGCCUUCGCCGCCGCGCCCGCCGACCUCCCCCAGGGCCGCCUGGGACCGCCAGAACACGCGCCCACGUCGGGGGCCGUGGUGGCGAUGGGGGUCGUGUGCGCGGCGCGGUGCCCUGGGGAGAGAACGGGCACCCGGUACGGCCGCUGGGCCAUGUGGCCAGGGGUGCCCGUACCGAUCGGCUGGCUGCUCGCGCCCCUGCUUGUCGCCGACGCGCACGCCAUGUCGGGCUACUUCCGCCUGCUGCCGCAGUGGCGGCAGGCCGCCGAGGAGGCCUCGGCAGCGGCCGCCGCGGAGGGCGGCGAAGGCCCCCCGGUCUCCGAGGCCACCCUCUCCACCCUGGAGGCCGCCAUGGCCGUGGCCGCGUGCACGGCGGUCGAGGAGCGCGCGCGCGCCGAGUGCCUGCCGCCGGCGGAGGACGUGGCCCUCUGGAAGGAGGACCGCCCGCGGGCGAGCGCGGCCCCUCUCUCGAGGGGGGCCCUCGGUGCGGGCCCCCCCUCUGGGUCGCCGAGCGUCGUGGGGCGGCAGCGGCCUGUGCGCUCGGGCCUGCCCCCCCCCCCCCUCGCCUCCCCUGGAGGCCGCGCACCGAGGGCCGCUCCUGCACGCGGCGCCCUCCUGUGUGCUCGAGGCAGGCCGCCCCCGGCUUCUUCGACCGUUCCCGCGGGGCCCUUUUUGUGUUCCCCCCCCCGUCUUCACGGCGCGCACAGAGAGGGGUCAUGGGGGAGGGGGGCGGGCUUCUCGGAAGCGCUCUGCUUCUCGGAGGGCGCUGGCCUCGCAUCUACAGAUGGGGCCCGCGCCUUCUGA